AUGGGAUAGUAAGGUAAUUUAAGAUCUAAAUGCCUAUAAGAGGUUCAUUAAGAUGAUAUAGACACAAUUUGUUACAACUAGUUUUGUACAAAUUUCAGAUUAAAUUGUUUUUAAUGCAUUUAACAAGGAAUCCAUAGUAAUCAUAUAAAUGAUGUUGGUAAAAUCAACACAUUGAUAGACUUCAUUCAAAAUAAAAAUAAAGAAUGUGAUAAUUUGAUUGAUGAUCUAAAUAAAUAAGUAGAAAGUGUGAAUGAAUAAUUUUCUUAAUUGAAAAGGGGAAUUCGAUAUAAAUAUUAAUUAAUGAAAGAAAGAUUAGAUAAUAUGAAUCCUUAAUAAUUAAAUGAUUUCUUGAAUUCAACCACUAAAUUAACUGAAUAUAAAUAAUCAAUCACAUCAAUCAUUUUAGAAUAAACAAAAAAAUUGACUCAUUCAUUUAAUAAUUUAUAUGAAUAAUUAGCAUUAUCAUCAUGUAGUUAUUAUUAGGUUGAUAAUAAUGAGAUAAAAUUGUCCAAAGAGUUGUAUGAAAAAGGUAAUCCAUUUCAUAUUUAUUAUCAUAAGGUCUUAAAUUAAAAAAGAAAAAAAAAUAUCAUGAUGCCAUUGUUUUAUUAGAUAAAUCAAUAUAAUAUAAUCCCAAAAAUCAUUUAUCAUUAUGGUGCAAAGGUAUAAUAAAAAUUUAUAUAAUAGGUUAAUGUUUAUUUAUUUAUCAUCAUUUAUUUUCCAAAAAAGUGACUUAUAGGAAUUCAAUAAAGCAAUCAAUUAGUUUGACAAAGCUUUAUCGAUUGAUUCUUAGCAUUUAAAUUCCUUACUAAAUAAAGGUAUAUUAAAGGAUAAUUAUAUCAUUAGGUGAAUGUUUAAUACAAUUAAAAAAAUACAUGGAUUCAAUCAUUUGCCUUGAAAAAGCACUAUGUAUCGAUCCUAAUAAUUUCGAGUGCUUAUUUAAUAAAAGUUGAUUCAAUAAUAAUUUAAUUAAUAGGUUUAUGUUUAAGACUUUUAAAUAAAUAUGAUGAUGCAAUUACAUGGUUGGAUAAAGCAUUAAUUAUAAAUCCUAAGCAUUUAGAUUGUUUAUUUGUUAAAGGUAUUUGAAUUAUAGUUAAAUUAAUAGGUUAAUGCUUAAGAUAUCUAAACAAAUAUUAUGAUGCAAUUGCUUGGUUGGACAAAGCAUUAAUUAUAGAUCCUAAAAAUUUUAAUUGUUUAUUUAUUAAAGGUAGUUUGAAUUAUAGUUAAAUUAAUAGGCUAAUGUUUAAAACUCUUAAAUAAAUAUGAUGAUGCAAUUAUAUGGUUGGAUAAAGCAUUAAAUAUAAAUCCAAAUCAUUUAGAUUGUUUAUUUGUUAAGGGUAUUUGAAUUAUAGUUAAAUUAAUAGGUUAAUGCUUAAGAUCUUUAAAAAAAUAUUAUGAUGCAAUUAUAUGGUUGGACAAAGUAUUAAUUACAGAUCCUAAACAUUUAGAAUCCUUAAUUAAUAAAAGUACAUUUAAUCAUGUUAAAUUAUUAGGUUUUUGUUUAAGAUAAUUAAAUAAAGAUGAUUAAGCAAUUAUUUGGUUAGACAAGGUUUUAGCUCUAGCACCUAACGAUUUAAACUCAUUAAUUGAAAAAGGUAAAUACAUCAUAGUUAAAUACAAGGAUUAUGUUUAAUUUCAUUAAAUAAAUUUGAAGUUGCUAUUACUUGCUUUGACAAAGCAUUAGUUAUAAAUUCUAAUCAUUUUGAUUCCUUAUUCUAUAAAAGUAGAUUGAAUAAUUGUUAAAUUAAUAGGCUUUUGUUUAAGGUUACUCAAUAACUAUNAAAAGUGACUUAUAGGAAUUCAAUAAAGCAAUCAAUUAGUUUGACAAAGCUUUAUCGAUUGAUUCUUAGCAUUUAAAUUCCUUACUAAAUAAAGGUAUAUUAAAGGAUAAUUAUAUCAUUAGGUGAAUGUUUAAUACAAUUAAAAAAAUACAUGGAUUCAAUCAUUUGCCUUGAAAAAGCACUAUGUAUCGAUCCUAAUAAUUUCGAGUGCUUAUUUAAUAAAAGUUGAUUCAAUAAUAAUUUAAUUAAUAGGUUUAUGUUUAAGACUUUUAAAUAAAUAUGAUGAUGCAAUUACAUGGUUGGAUAAAGCAUUAAUUAUAAAUCCUAAGCAUUUAGAUUGUUUAUUUGUUAAAGGUAUUUGAAUUAUAGUUAAAUUAAUAGGUUAAUGCUUAAGAUAUCUAAACAAAUAUUAUGAUGCAAUUGCUUGGUUGGACAAAGCAUUAAUUAUAGAUCCUAAAAAUUUUAAUUGUUUAUUUAUUAAAGGUAGUUUGAAUUAUAGUUAAAUUAAUAGGCUAAUGUUUAAAACUCUUAAAUAAAUAUGAUGAUGCAAUUAUAUGGUUGGAUAAAGCAUUAAAUAUAAAUCCAAAUCAUUUAGAUUGUUUAUUUGUUAAGGGUAUUUGAAUUAUAGUUAAAUUAAUAGGUUAAUGCUUAAGAUCUUUAAAAAAAUAUUAUGAUGCAAUUAUAUGGUUGGACAAAGUAUUAAUUACAGAUCCUAAACAUUUAGAAUCCUUAAUUAAUAAAAGUACAUUUAAUCAUGUUAAAUUAUUAGGUUUUUGUUUAAGAUAAUUAAAUAAAGAUGAUUAAGCAAUUAUUUGGUUAGACAAGGUUUUAGCUCUAGCACCUAACGAUUUAAACUCAUUAAUUGAAAAAGGUAAAUACAUCAUAGUUAAAUACAAGGAUUAUGUUUAAUUUCAUUAAAUAAAUUUGAAGUUGCUAUUACUUGCUUUGACAAAGCAUUAGUUAUAAAUUCUAAUCAUUUUGAUUCCUUAUUCUAUAAAAGUAGAUUGAAUAAUUGUUAAAUUAAUAGGCUUUUGUUUAAGGUUACUCAAUAACUAUGAUGAUGCAAUUAUAUGUCUAGAUAAAGCAUUAAAUAUAUAUCCUUAGGAUAUUAAUUUAUUACUUUAAAAAUGUAGUUUGAUUAGAAUUAAUUAAUAGGCUUAUGUUUAUAAUCAUAAUAGAAUUAUGUUGAUGCCAUUAAUUUGCUAAACAAAGCAUUGAAUAUAUUUCCUGAGGACUUUAACUUGAUAUUUUAAAAAGGUAAUUUUUAUCAUUAAUACUAGGCAUGUGCUUAAUAUCAUUAAAUAAAUACGUGGAAGCAAUUAGUUGGUUUGAAAGGGCAUUAUCUUUAGAUCCAAAAGAUGUAGAAUCCUUAUAUUAAAAAGGUAGAUCAAUCAUAUUGUUUUAAUUAGGCUUUUGUUUAAGAUAAUUAAAUAAAUAUGAUGAUGCUAUUCUUUGGUUCGACAAAGCAUUAAAAAUAAAUCCAAAACAUUUAGAUUCCUUAAAUAAUAAAAGUAGACUUAAUUAUUGUUAAAUUAAUAGGCAUUUGUUUAAGAUAAUUAAAUAAACGUGAUUAAGCAAUUAUUUGGAUAGACAAAGCAUUAGCUAUCAACCCAAAAGAUUUUAACUAAUUAUUUUUUAAAGGUAAAUUCAAUCAUAUUGUUUUAAUUAGGAUUAUGUUUAAGAGAAUUAAAUAAAUAUGAUGAUGCUGUUCUUUGGUUGGACAGAGCAUUAACUAUGUAUCCUAAGGAUAGAAAUUCUUUAUUUGUUAAAGGUACAUCAAAACAAAAAUAAACAAAUAGGCUUGUGCUUAUUUUUAUAAAAUAAAUAUGAAGAUGCGAUAGUUUGGUUUGAUAAAGUUUUAACAAUAGACCCUGAGGAUUUCAACUCAAUACUUUAAAAAGGUAGAAAAAUCAUAAUUCAAUUAAUAGGCGUAUGUUUAAGAUUAUUAAACAGUUUUGAUUAAGCAAUUAUUUAUUUAGACAAAGCACUGGAAAUAGAUCCUCAAAAUUAUAAUUCAUUACUUUAAAAAGGUUGAUUGAAUCAAAGUUAAUAUUAAUAGGUUUAUGUUUAUUACAAUUAAAUAAAUAUCUGGAUGCAAUUACUUGGUUUGAUAGAUCGUUAGCUAUAGAGCCAAAUAAUUUAAACUCAUUAUUUUAAAAAGGUUGGUUAAUUCAAAAUUAAAUAAUAGGUUUAUGUAUAAGAUUAUUAUAAAAUUAUGAUGACGCAAUUAAUUAGUUUGACAAAAUAUUAUCUAUUAAUCCGAAUCAUUUCGAUUCCUUGUAUAAUAAAGGUAGUUUCGAUCAUAAUUACAUUAAUAGGUUUAUGUUUAUUGGAAUAAAAAAAAAGUAAGGAGGCAAUUAUUUUUUUGGAUAAAGCAUUAAUUAUAGAUCCUAAACAUUUAGAUUCCUUAUAUAAUAAAGGUAGAUUCAAUCAUAGUUAAAUAAUAGGUUUAUGUUUAAUACUAUUAUAAACAUUUGAGGAGGCAAUUAUUUGGUUCGACAAUGCCUUAAUUAUAAAUCCUAAUCAUUUAACUUCCUUAUUUAAUAAAGGUAGUUUGAAUCAUCCUUUAAUGAAUAGGUUUAUGCUUAAGAUUAUUAAAAAAAUAUUAUGAUGCCAUUACUUGGUUGGACAAAGUAUUAAAUAUAAAUCCUAAGCAUUUUGAAUCUUUAUUUAUUAAAGGUAAUUUUAUCAUAGUUAAUUUAAUAGGCUUAUGUUUAAGACUAUUAAAUAAUUUUGAUGAUGCAAUUAUAUGGUUGGACAAAGCUAUAGCAAUAAAUCCUAAUCAUUAAAAUGCCUUAUUUUUAAAAGGUAGUUUGAAUCAUUAUUAAAUUAAUAGGAUUAUGCUUAAAAUUCUUACUUAAAUAUGAGGAUGCAAUUAUUUGGUUGAACUAAGCAUUAACUAUAUAUCCUAAGGAUAUAGAUGCAUUAUUUAUCAAAGGUAGUUUAAAUCAUAUUUAAAUUUUUAGGCAUAUGCUUAAGAUAAUUAAAUAAAUAUACUGAUGCACUUACUUAGUUUGAUAAAGUUAUAGCUCUAAAUUAGAAGCAUUGUUACGCAUUACAUUAAAAAGGUACUUUGAAUCAUAGUUUAAUGAAUAGGCUUAUGUUUAAAACAAUUAAACAAAUAUGAUUAGGCAAUUAUUUAUUUUAACAAGGUAUUAACCAUAGAUCCUACUGACUUAUUUGCUAAAUAUGAAGCAGGUAUAUGGAAACAUAACUUAAUUAUUAGAAUAAUGUCUAUAAAUAAAUGACGAAUCUCUCAAUCUAUCUGAUUAAGCACUUUCCAUAAACCCUUCAAAUAGUCUACCUCUUGAAUCCGAAGUUUAAUCCGAAGGUAUCAAAUUUUUUUAUUUGCAGGUAAAUGUUUACAAGAUUAAUAAUAAUAAGAAGUAGCUUUGAAUUCUUAAGACAAUUCAUUACAGAUAGAACCAAUUAAUAUAUAGUCAUAAAUAUAUAAGGGUAUUCUUGACUGUUAAAUUAGAAUUUUGCUAGGAUAAAUUGCAAUAAUGAGUAUAUAAAUUUUAAAUAUAAUGAUUUAAUUCUUUAUAAAUGAUUUGAUAAUAAUAUUUUAUUACUUAUAAUGUAAAAUAUAAUUAUACAAUAUUAAUGUGUAGAAAUAGAGCAUGAAUUAUAAAUUUGUGCUCUUUUAAAUCGAAGUUUCUUAAAAGAAAAGUUUUUGCAUAAUUGACAGAAUAGAUAUAAUAAAACUACAAAAUGAUUGA